GUGACCAACUACAUACACUCUUGCUGACACUGUGUGAAGAUCUGCCACACAGAAGACUUUCUCCUGAAUCCAUUCUGGAAGCAUGCGAAGCCCAUCAGAAGGAAUGCGCAUCCUUACCAGCAAAAUUCUACAUAAAGAGAAUGGUUCAGUUUGCAGUGGGAAGUGUCAGUGAGACAGAGCAGGUGGUCACUGAAGAGAGCACAGCCUCUCAGCUGAACAGAAGUCAUGUGAUAAGGAAAAGACUGCAUGAAAAAAUAUCGGACAUCUCAACACUGGCUUCCCAGAUGAAUUUUCACCAAGACAAAGGGCCCAGAUUAAUGAACUAUAGUCAGUCAACAGAAGAUUACAGACAACUCUCUGUGGAUUAUAGUGACUCUAAUAGUAUUUCUGAAAGUACAUCUUUGAUACUGUCUAACCGAGGACACAGGAGAGGAAGAGUUCCAGAGACACACAGAUCAUGUGACACCACACUUAGUGGGUCAAGGACAGAAAGCAGCUACAAGCUCUUCAUAAACAGGUCGGUGAGCGCUGUAGAAGAAAUCCCGGGCGGAACUCAGAAGAACGGCCAACAGAACCUGCUGAGCUUGGGCUCCACCUUCUCUGUGUCCACAAAGGACUACUCAGCAGCUGCUGCAUCACAGAAAUGUUUCUUCCACAGGAAGGAAAAGUUUUCAGGUCCAGAAUUUAUUAUUUUGUCUAGUGAACCACCAGUGACCUUACAGCUGCCUGGAUCAAUUGUGACUAAAAAAGGGAAAUCCUAUCUGUCCCAAAGGGAUCUCAAUGUGAUUCUACUCAAUGGCCAGUGCCUUGAGGUGCAAUGUGACAUCAAGACCAAGGCAAGAGAUGUUUUCAACACUGUGGUGGCGUAUGCAAACUUGGUGGAACAUUUCUACUUUGGCUUGGCUUACCUGAAAGGUAAAGAAUUCUUCUUUUUGGAUGAGGACACCAAACUCUACAAAGUGGCCCCAGAUGGCUGGAAUGACCAACCCAAGAAGAAAAUGUCCAUCAUUAAUUUUACACUCUUUCUAAGGAUAAAAUUCUUUGUCAACCACUUUAACGUUAUUCAGCAUGGCUUGACAAGGCAUCAGUUUUACCUGCAGCUUCGUAAAGAUAUUUUGGAGGAGCGAUUAUAUUGCAGUGAUGAGACUGCCCUGAAACUCGGCGCUUUGGCUUUACAGGCAGAGCUUGGCAAUUAUGCUUCUGAGAUGCAUGGGAAGAGCUAUUUUCGUGUUGAAGACUACGUCCCAGCCAGUCGAAUAGAGAAGAUGACCCUGGCAUAUGUACAGCGAGAGCUUGCAAAAUUACAUCGUAUGAAUCGCUCCCUAUUUGAGGAUGAAGCUGAACUAGAAUUUUUAAAGGUGACUCAGCAACUUCCUGAAUAUGGAGUGUUAUUCUAUCGUGUGUCCCAAGAGAAGAAAGGGACAGAAGGGGACAUCAUCCUGGGAAUCUGUGCCAAAGGCAUCAUCGUCUAUGAGAACAAAAAUCAAACAAGAAUUGCCAGUUUAAGAUUCCAGUGGCGUGAAACAGAGAGAAUUUCAGCUCACAGAAAAAAAUUCAUGAUUGAAAGUAGCUUCAGUGGCAAGAAACAUACCUUCAUUACUGAUACAGCAAAGACAUGUAAAUACCUACUGGACCUCUGCUCUGCCCAGCACAAAUUCAAUGCACAGAUGAAUUCUAGGCAACUUCGUCAAACUUCAUCAGAGGAUAGUAAAUUUGUGGAAAUAGACAAAUCGAAUUCUGCAUAUGCAGCUCAGCGUGAACACCUUGCCCUUAUUCAGAGACUGUCUCGCUCAGAGAAUGUGCUCUAUGGAGCAAACCUGGAAAACCUGUCUGCUGGGAUGAUGAGCAAAUCUUGUGAUAACCUCAGUGUGGAAACCAACAACAGGACCAGACACAAAAGCAAUCUUGGCAGAUCUAUAUCAGGGCUAUCCCAGUCAGAAAUGCACAUCAAUUUGAAUGGAAAGCAAAGGAGUUAUGACUUCCUCUCUAUCCAUUCAACUCAGAACACCAGCAGUGCACCUGGAUCACCAGCCAUCCAAAAGGAAGUUUUGCUAAGAGGUCUAGAAAGAGAAAUCAUAUGUGUCAGCCUAAAACGUGACCCUAAGAAUGGAUUUGGCUUUGUAAUUAUUGGAGGAGAAAAUGUAGGAAAAUUAGACCUUGGUAUCUUUAUUGCUUCAAUUAUCCCUGGGGGACCUGCAGACAGAGCUGGAAAUAUCAAACCAGGAGGACGACUCAUCUCUGUGAAUAAUAUUAGUCUUGAGGGUGUUUCAUUUAAUACCGCAGUUAAAAUCAUACAGAAUUCUUCUGAUGAAGUGGAGCUCAUCAUCUCUCAACCCAAAGACAUGUAUGAAGAAGGAUUAAAUGAAGAAAAGAAUCUAUCAAGAGGAAACAGCACUAGUGGAUCUGAGAUCUCUUGUGUGGACAGUGGGAGAAAAAAGAUUCAGGAUUGUCAUACAGCUCUCCCCAAAGAACAGGACACAAAUAUAGAUGAACUUGAGAAGACUCUCUCUUGGAAUUUAGCAUCAAAAUUGGGCCCUAGGAUUCUAGUUCCUUCAGCUGAUAGCCUGGAUAUAGAGGCAGCUGAUUCUUCCCACUUACCAUCUCCAUCAGAAACCAACUCAAAGGAAGUCUACACGGUGGAGCUUGUUAAAGAAGAUGGGACUUUUGGAAUCAGUGUGACUGGUGGAAUUAACACCAGUGUGCGUCAUGGUGGGAUAUAUGUGAAGUCAAUUAUUUCCAGGGGACCAGCAGAUAAGAACGGACAAAUAAAGAUAGGUGAUCGUCUGCUGGAAGUAGAUGGCAUCAGCCUCUGUGGCAUCACCCACAAACAGGCUGUGGAACACCUUAAGAAAUCUGGCCAGAUUGCCAAACUGGUUCUAGAAAGGGGAAACUACCAAUUGGCAGAGCCUUGUCUGACUGCUAAUGACAGAAAGGAGGACCAAUGUGCAGUUGUUUCUGUGGCAACAUCCCUCACAGAUGGCACCAAGGACUGCUGCUUUUUGACAGAUGAUAACACAUUUGAAGUGAAAUUAACCAAGAAUUCUGGAGGCCUCGGAUUUAGUGUUCUGCAGAUGGAAGGAGAUGCUUGUGAACACCUUGGAGGAGCUAUUGUCAGGAUCAAAAGACUGUUUCCAGGGCAGCCAGCUGAAGAGAAUGGAGAAAUUGAAGUUGGAGAUGUCAUUUUAGCUGUGAAUGGGAAACCUCUCAAAGGGCUCCUGUACCAGGAUGUCCUGCAUUUGUUAAGAGGAGCUCCUCGAGAAGUUACACUGCUACUUUGCAGACCACCUAAAGGUGUUCUUCCAGAAAUAGAGCAAACUGCUCUGACUCCAGCACCAUCUCCAAUUAAGGACUUUGUGGCAGAAAUGCCAGGCAGCACAGGGGCAGGAAACAGUAUGGAUCAAUCUACCAGUGACGGAGGUAGCACCUCUCCAGACCUUGAAGACUGCCUUGAUUCUCCAGUGGGAGAAGAUUUCAGUGAGCCCCCUGAGGAUGACAGCUCAGCUUACGAAGAGCAGGUAGCUGAGUUUCAAGAGAAACCCAUACAGAAACUCCCAGCUUCCAGAGAAAGUUUCUAUAAGCAUCUUUGGAAGAUUCAUCAAGAAGCUUCCAGUUCUGAAGUCUUCCACUCUCUAGAGGAGGAAGUGAAGCAGAACUGCUACUCACCAUGUGAGUUUGGACAGGCCAAAAGCCACGUAUUUAAUAAGAGUCAUGAUGACCCAUUGAACACAAAAUGUAUGCCUGAAACUCUCUCUCUAACCCCUAUUGAUGAAGAGUAUCUCACUGUCAGCUCAAUGUCUGUGACCUCACUUCCACGAGGAGGAAGCUCCAAGACAGUCUCUGCAGCCACUGCAACCCCACAGCCACGUGUUUUUGGCCCCUCGUCAUCAUCCCUGCCUGCCAGAGAGACACAUGACAGUGACAAUGAAUGGGAAGACGUGGAGGAACCAGAGGAAGAGAAGGAAGAAAAUGAAGACUGCAUUCAGGAAAUGGAGAUAUUUGUGACUUUGACAAAGUCAGAGAACAAUGGUUAUGGAUUCUCUGUAGUUCUUAACAAAGUGGACACCUGCCUGUAUGUUGAUGAAAUCUUGAAUGAUCCUGCCCUUUCUGAUGGAAGAUUGAGAAGGGGAGACAGAAUCAUUAUGGUGAAUGGAAUUGAUGUCACAUCUUUACCAUGCAAUGAAGUCCUGACUUUACUGCAAAGCUCUCCUCCAGAUCUGCACCUUGUGGUUGGCCGUGCUGACAGCGACCCACGUCCCUCAAUUAGGCCAGAUGAGAUUCCAGAAAUUACUCUCACAAAGGGUGCAGAUGGACAGCUAGGCUUGAAGCUGACAGGAGGAGCUGGAAGCAAGUUACAAGGUAUUUAUGUGCUAGAGAUAGUGCCUGGCUCUCCUGCCAGUGUGGAAGGCAGUUUGCAGCCACGAGAUCAGAUUGUUUACAUCUGUGGACUGUGCACUGAGGGCAUUAGCCUGGAUGAUGCAGUGAGAGUGUGUGAAGCUGCCACCCAGAAUGUUCGAAUCAAAGCCACAAGAAAUGGCAAUCCAGUGGUUCCUAUAGAGCAGGAAAAUAGGCCAGCAGUUGAAACAGAGAAAACCAAUAUUUCUUUGUCAAAUGAAAACCUGAACUCCCAGGAACAGCAUCUGCUAUAUCAACAUGAGAAACAUUUGGAGGAAACAAACUGUGAUGCUCAGCAGAACACUCCUGAUACUCCAGAAUGUAAAGACUUCAUUAUUAAGAUUGAGCUGGAAAAAGCAGAAAAUGGAAGCCUGGGAUUUGCAUUGGUAGGUGGAAAAAAUGGCAGGGCUAUCCUAAUAAAAGCCAUCAGCCCGGACAGCAGUGCAGAUCUGGAUGGGAGACUUCAAGUUGGUGACAUCUUACUGAAGGUGAAUGAGACUUUUGUGUCUGGUCUGCCACGCCAAGCAGUUACAGAUCUGCUGCGCAAGGCGCAAGGCACCGUUCAACUCACUGUCUGCCGAAGCCUGGCUUUGCACUGGGCUUAUUCAGGCAACCAGAGCAACAGAGCUUCCACUCCAAACACAAAAGCAGAGCCUGCAGGUGGUGGGGAAAGCCUGCAAGCUCAGCCUGUUUUCAGUUUCAAGCAAGAAGGCUCUAACCAAAUGUGCAACAAGGAUGCAGAAAGAACAGACAAAUCCCUGCACAGUCAGCUGGCUGGACAAGACUAUAAGGACCUCAUCAGUAACGUUUCAGACAGGUCACAGAAAUGUGCAGAAUGUGAAAGCUGCAGAAGAGAAAAUCAACAGUCUGAGUCAGGCAGCUGGAACAAUGAAGAUGAUGUUAUGCCCCACAGGAUUCCUGUUCUACCUAGAAGUAAUCAUGCAAAAACUUCUCUUUUUCUUCAACAGUAUAGCCCAGCAUCUCCAUAUAUCUACACUGAGAACAACACUAGCAUUCAAGACACAAUUUUUACUACUGAUGCAUAGAUAGGCCAUCCAAACUUUUGUAACUCUAAAAGGACACAUACAUCAUGUGGUCUCUCCUCUCUCCCUUACUGUUCCCAUACAACUUCGCAAAAAAAGUAAAUUAAACACUUAAAAAUGCAGAACAAAGGGUCAAAUUGUCUCUCAAGACUCUGUCCCCAGAAUCACUGAAUUUCCUCCCCCAUGACAAUUUCAUUAAAAUCUCUAGAACUGAUGUGCUUAAGCAGGUACUGAAGCACUUUCACUGCUCAAGUGCCAAAGCCCCUCUGAACCCAGAAGAGUUUACAGAAAGAAUCUGCCUAAUUGUUCCUUUAUGAAAAUUAAGCUCAUUCUACUCCAAAUGAAAAUAAUUUGUGAAAGGAACCAUACUGAGGAUGCUGCAGUAUCUCACAGAUUCUGUGUAAUACAGAUUGCUCUCUCUCUUCUUGCUUCUUCUCAUGCGGUGGAAGCAAUGAGCUGCUGAUGGCUCUUAGGAGAAGUAAAACACAGGUAACUCCCUCACACUACCAAGCCUUGCUGGCCAACAAACAGAAGAUUAUAAACAAUCUAUCAUCUACUACACCUCCUCAGAAUUUGGGUUUUUUCAAUUCCCCUUGAUCUGGAAGGAGUGGUGUCUAGGAAAUCGUGUGCUCUGUCUGGAGUGGGGAUUUGUCUUCACUGGCACCUUCAACUCAAUAAUAGGAGCCUCUUCAAGGGUUAGAGACUGGAAUGCAAAUAGAAAGUGCCUUAAAAGCUCAGGCAAGGCAGGGGCAAGUUAUAGCCCAGACACAAACACAGCAAGCACAACUCUAUUGUAACAGAAAUUAGUUAAGAGUAGAGAUGAUACCUUACAGGAGGAAAGCAGAGCAUUGCUUCUUGUCUUCAUCCUGCAACAAACCCCUGGAACACAUCAUCAGCUUUUCUUUGAGACAGCUGGUAUGUUAUCCUUUACAAACAGUAGUCUAUGAUGAAAAAACACAAAUUCCAUAAUUUCUUUGCCUCAAACCAUUAUUUUUCACAAACAAGCUACUGUUUUUACUCAACAUGGGAACAAAAGUUUUUCUACCACUCCAGUAGAAUAGUGAUAUUUCUUAAGAUGCAAUUUUAUCAUUUUCCUAAUCUGUCAAGUACUGGACCAGAACAUACAUUUCAGGAUGAGCUAAGUAGUAAAACUGAAUCCUGACAUUGGUGCAUCAAAGAUAGUUAAUAUAUUGCUCUUGAAGGGCAGUAUGAGUUAAGAUGAGAAGAAAAAUAUAUUUGCUUACUUUAGGAAGGAAGAAUUAUUCCUAGCAGUGGAGUGUGGCAAUACUAAUUGGCAUGGAAGUAUUGGAAACGUGAAGAUGAUUCUCUGUGAAGAUGUGGCCAAUCUCCUAUACAAUAUAAACUAGCAUUAAAGUCUCCAAUUCUGCAAGAACAGUUUAUUUAGAACAGACUGUAUUUAGAAACUCUGUGAGGAAAUAACUUGCAAUAGUUGAAUCAGAUUCCAAAUAACAUGAAAUGUGCUGCUGGUUGUAUCCAUGACGUUGACUUAUUCUUCUUUCUGCUGUGAACAUAAGUAAGUUGAAAAUAUUUUCUUCCAUUUUGUCAUACUUCACUUCCACAAUAUAAGCAGCAAAAUAUAUAGUGUUUAAAGCCAAGAUU